AAUAUCCAGCACCUGGUUCUACUAAAGCUGAGGAAAACAAAGAGAGUGAAGUAAAGCUUUUUAAACCUUACUCUCAUGAGUUUCAGAGAUGUUUAGCUUUCGGUUCAACUGGUUGGCUUGAUAAACUAAGGGAAGCAAAGUGA